AUGUCUACUCCUGGUCGCAUCGUAGAGUGGACCGCGAGCGACGGACGAAAAGGCAGGCUCACAGGCACCGGCAAACCACGACUUACUGCAGCCAGCCUUGCGAAGGUACCUUCUGAACGACAGCCGGCAAAGGAGCUAGCAGGUGCGAAGAAUACCCCAAAGAAAGCAGCUUCGACCAAGCCCGCCACUGAUGGAGAUAACUUGUGGGGUAACGAUGGGUGGGGUGACACCAAUGCAAAGAGCGAAUCGAAGAAGUCGAGCUCGAAGAAGGCCUCAAGUAACCAAGGUGAUGGAUGGGUCGUACAGGAAUCGGGCAAUGACACAAACGAUCCAUUUGCAGCCACCUGGGGUACUACUCCAGAUGCUACAGGUGGCGACGACAACAAAGAGAAGAAAGAUGAACCCGCAGCACCUUGGGAAGCUACGAAUGUCCCGGACAACAACACAGUCCCAGAAGAUGAUGGCAAGAAGGAUGGGGAGUCAAACGGAUGGACUAAAGAGCAAGAUGAAAAGCUGAUACAGCUGAAAACUAAAACUUCGAAAAGUUGGGCUCAGAUGGGCGAAGAGAUUGGUGGUAAGACAAAGCAAGAUUGCAUCGACCGUUUCAAAGAGAUCCAACCGAAGGGAUACAAGGCCAACGAGGCCAACCAAGGGGGUGGAGGCAAGAAGGGAAAGAAGGGGAAGAAAACAGAUCAACAUGAUGGAAACAACAAGGAUGACACGAAGAAAGAAGAGAAGAAGGAAGAGGAGACGGGGGAUGAUGGCGGUUUAUUGGGUCUCACGUUUGGAGAAGAUACUAGUAACGGCAAAGACGAGUCUGGCGACAAGAACAAUUCUGGGGACAAAGCACCCGAUGUAUGGGGCGGUACUGUAAGCUGGGACUAUGCUGGGGGAGAUGCUGCAGGUACUGGUACGAAUGCUUGGGAAACCCAAGUUGGAUGGGGCACUGGCGCCACUACGGGUGGUGAAGACGGCGCGAAUGAUGCUGCCGCGAGCUGGGACAAUAUCGGUGGAAACAACCGGAGUAAAGGGACGAACAACAACCAGAAAAACAACACCGGCGGCGGUGCCGGAGAUGCGAAAGCUUCAAGGCAGAAAGCCACUUCAAACAAAGUGCCUCCGCGAGCGUCCCCUCAGCCUAAUGCCAACAACGGCAACAACAACAACGCCCGCCCCAUCGCCGCUCGUCCUCUCGAACUCGAAGUCAAACCUGACGAUACGUUCUCCGCCGAUGACUUGCGUCUAGUCGCUCGCAUCUUACAACAAGAUUGCUCAAUGGUAUGGAAUAGGGUCAGCUGGCGAUUCAGGGACAAGACAGGCAGAACGCUUCAUCCUGAUGAAUUCGAGAAGAAGAUCACCGGGCGUCUAGAGGGUAAGGGCAGCGAGAAUGGUGAGCGGAGGCGGUAG